AGUUGGGAGAUUCCCAGUUUCCACAGAAAAUUUCUACUUUUUCAAACCCGAACCCUUCCGCGCCGCAGUCCCAAAACUUUCUUUCUCUUUUUCGCUUCCUCGAGAAAUCCAGUCUCAUCUCAGCAGCAGCAGCUCUUUCUUGAAAGGAAGUUAUCGCAGAGAGCAGAUUAUUAGGGAAUGCUUCCGGCUCAGACAAACGCGUUGUUUAGGCGGCGGGCGCAGGCCGUGGGUUCUUACUCCAGACACUUCCUGGCCGCGACAAAACGGUGUCUGCCCUCCACCGCCGUCAGACCCGUAUCCACCACCACCUCUUCCUCGUCCUCAUCCACAUCCUCCUUUUCGAAGCGAGUACUCGUCGGUACAGCUGCAGCGGCGGCAAUUGCUGCCGGCGCCUCGCUUUGGUACGCUUACUCGAGUCCUAUCUCUGCCGAGCAGCGAUUAUCUGAUUUUGGAGUCUGGGCAUGGGGCUACAACGGCACCCGCGUCGUUGCUCCGCAGAGCAAGCAAGAGGCCAUCAAGACCCCUCAGCGCGUCCCGUUCUUUGACGGUAUGGAACUCCGCGAUCUUCAGCUCGGCGACAAAGUUGGCGCCGCGGUGACAGCCAAAGGAGACGUGUUGGUCUGGGGUACAGGCUUUGACGCCAACUCCAGCACUCCGCUAUGCAUCUUAACCAAGCAAGACAUCGCGACCGUGCAAAUCUCGCAAGGCCGCAUCUACGCCCUCACCCGCUCCGGCAACAAACUCUUCUCUCUCCCAGCAAGCAAGCUUGACCUCGAGCAAACCGAGCUAAAGUACGAAGACAAGCGCUGGUUCUUCGGCUUGUUUGCCGGCUUCAGUCGCGCGCACGCGUUCAGGACUGUACAAGUGCCUCUCCGUCGCGGCGAGAAGAUCGCGCAGAUCGCGGCGGGAGACGCGCAUUUGCUUAUGCUGUCUUCGACAGGUCGCGUGUUUAGUUGCGCGACGGGGUCGCGUGCUGUGUACUCGACCGACGGGCAACUCGGCGUGCCGGUGCUGCUCGGGAGCAGUCAUUUCGGCAGCAGCGAGAGCAGUAGCUCGGCAUCGCAGCACGAGGAGGAGGAGGACUUUAUUGUCCCCGAACAAGUCCACGAGGUCGCGACACUGCGCGGGUUCCCGAUCGCGCAGAUCGCCGCGGGCGCAAAGCACUCGCUUGCGCGCGCGGCCGACGGCAGAGUAUGGGUCUUUGGCUCGAACCUGUACGGCCAGCUCGGGAUGGACUACUCGGUCGACACGGCCUUCAUCCCGAUCCCGGCCCUGCUCUCGCUCGACCGGCUGUACAACACGCGCGGCGCGGCGGAUGUCUCGUGCCGGUAUAUCGCGGCGGGGGGCGACUCGAGCUUGUUUGCGGUCCAGAAUAGGAAGAAGGGGGUGGCGGAGGAUGUCUGGGUUUGUGGGGCGGGAUUGCAUGGGCAGCAUGGGUCCGGGAGGUUUAAUCAUACCCUCGGCACUCCGCAGCGCGUCCGGCAAUUAUGCAGCAUAACCGAGUACUCUGAAAAAGACCAUGCGACGCGCGAAAUCCCCAUCCGCAGCAUCUCAGUCGGCAAACGCCACAUCGCAGCCGUCCUCGACAACAUCACCGCGCCUUCCUCGCCCGUGCAGCGCCAGCUUCUAAUCUGGGGCGGCAACGACUGGUUCCAGCUCGGCACGGGCAAGCGCGUCAACAGCCCUGUGCCGAUUCCGAUCGUGCAGUCGGCGAAGAAGGCGGCGGAGGCGGAGGAGGCGGUGAAUUUGCAGAAACAGCUUGGGCAUGGGAAGAGUAGGAAGGGGUAUGAGAUCGAGGAGUCUGUUGUGUGUGGGAACUUUGGAACCGCGAUCUACUGGCGCGUCGUGUAGGUGCGUCUGUGUGAUGUGAUUUGUAUAUAGUAACUGAAACGUCCAUGAUAUCUCCUACGUGUAGCUGUUGUCAAGUGAUGUAUUUUGAAAGUCCUAUUAAACGUAUGUCUCUGUGCGAUUUGUAUAUAGUAACUGAAACGUCCAUAUCAUCUCCCACCUGCAGCUAUUGU